UUCUUUUUGUUCACAUGUACCAAUCUACCAUGCUGUUGCAAAAGCUAAGCGGGAUCACUUUGCUGCUGUUGCUGUGUCAACAUGCAUGUUUCCUGUCUGCAAGUAAUAAAGGGAAAAAAUCAGUGACCUGUGAAGGAGGAUCUGUGUUCCUCAGUUGUGACUGGGGAUUCAUACAUGUCCUUGAUGCCAACUAUGGACGGACUGAUGGCACAAUAUGCUCUGCUGGGAGACCAUUUGGGCAGCUCUCAAAUGUUCACUGCUUCCAAGAAACAUCCCUCCGUACGAUGUCCGUAAGGUGUAAUGGGAAAAAAAGCUGUUCUGUUUCUGCAGUGAACUCAGUUUUCUCUGAUCCAUGUCAUUGGACUUAUAAAUACCUGCAAUUGUCUUAUGAGUGUCGCCCAUUUAAACAAAGCAUAACUUGUGAAGGUACCCAAAGUGUCAUUUCCUGUGAGAAUGGUGUUAUUGCUGUUCAUCAUGCCAAUUAUGGACGGCGGGAUCUUGGAACCUGCCCUGAUAAACAUGUAACAACAUCAGAUUGUUACUUUACACAGACCGCCAGUAUGAGUUCCAGGUGCAAUGGAACGAGGUCUUGUUAUCUAGAUGCUUCAAAUUCGGUGUUCUCUGAUCCGUGUGAAUACGUCUAUAAGUACCUGGAAGUGACGUACUCCUGCCAAAGAGUUUAGCAUGAGCUGCAUCAAUCGGUGAGGAAACGACCCGGAAGAGCAGAAGCAGCACAUGCUUUUCUUCAGCACUGCCA